AUGCAGUCUUACGCGCACAACAAGGGUAACUAUGUCUACGUACGCCGCAAGCGCACAAGAUCGGUCGAAGUGCGCCGUGCAGACAAUUUCCACCCCCAUCCAUCAUCCUCUUUAUCGCCAGAGGAACGCAUCUUGCAUUACGUUGGCGAGGAGCGCACCCGCGUCUGCCGUUGUCAUGAUCCGGGACGACAUGCCGAGAGGACGUCCACCGUAGCAUGCGAAUCGAGGCAUCUGAGCGCCAGCAUAAUGCUGUAUCUAAACCGCCACGGCCUUGAUUCCUGCGCUUUUGCCGAUUUCCGGGAGUACCGCGCACGCCGAGAAGCUAAGUGGGCGAUGGAGGGCGUGUAUGUUGAAGAUUUCCACUAUACCAGCCAGGACAAAGACUUCGUAUGCCGCUGUUUACAGCCUAGGAAGCAUAGCUAUGGCGCGCCACGCCAUCCUGAGAUCGUAGAGCAGUGUGCGGAAUUCUUCUGUAUGCACAAGGACAGAAACACUGUUACGAAAGACCAGUGGAAGGGCGUGAAUGGCGACACGCCCCCAGCAUACUCAGCCAGUGUAGACUUGAAAAUCAAUUACGCGCGCAGAUCGCGACCAAGCUCAUCCGGACAUGCUGGGGGGAAGGCUAAGCCACGAGCCUCGCUGGAGACGGUGAUGCGCGAUACCGCUGAGCGUAUAGCUUCAAAUAUUCCAGGCCGUCGUCGUCGCGCUUCGACUCCAGCACGGGAGCCAGAUAUGCCGCCUCAAGUAUGGCAGAAGGCUCGUCCAUCCAUUUUAGUAUCUCGACCCGAAAAUUCUUCGCGUGAUAGCACGCCCAUGGGCUCGGCUCCCCCAUCUACGCGCGCAGUCUCACCGGCAGUGUCGUAUAGACGCGCUCAGCGGGCAGACUCAAUGUUCAAUGCGUCUUCGGUCUAUGCAGGCGCCCAGGCCACGAUGGGUAUGUUUCCCGGAAGCCAUCCAGAUCCAAGUGCUCCAACGGCUGGAAAAAUGCUGGAUGUGACUGGUCUCGAACAGCUACUACCGUCGACCUUCUACGUGAACGGCGAAAGGUCGAACUCCUACGGUCUCAAUGCUUCAGCGGCUCAUAGACCAGUGGCAGAACUUCCUGCACGUAGAUCGCCGGUUGAACUUUCCGCUCGUAGGUCGCCUGUCGAACUUCCAGGUAGGCCUGCACGCCAACGGCAUACUGCAACACUAAAGAAGCUUGAAGGUCGAACUUCAGAUACGAUAUCGGAGUUGGAAGCCAAGGCCAAACGCUUCAGCGUUCGGUAUACAGAGACACCCACUAGUACGUCUAAUCCUGCACACGAGACCGCCCGACUAAGCUCACGAUUCCAUCAGGCUUCCGACACCACAAUGUCUUCACUUCCUAACCAGGAGGGUUUCCUUUCGCGUUAUGCUGUGCCAAAUUCUUGGAAAGACCCUACGCCUACUGGAAGUUGCCAGUUGUGCUUCAAGUCUUACCACGACGCAGAGAAGAAUCCUGUCAUAGAACCUCCUUGCGGUUGCUCCAUGCAUGAUCGAUGUCUCAUGGAUAAUCUGCGCACGCUUGAUGAGAAAGUCGGCAGGUGCCCAAUAUGCCAGGUGUACUUGUGCAAGCGAAGUUUAACCGAACGCAUCGGCAAUGACAUCGAACAGAUCUUCGAGUUGCAAGUCAAUCCAUUACGAGAGGAGGCCACCCUCGAAUUCCCACAGCGAAGCAAGGGUAUAAUAUGUAGUACCGAGGAGGGCGUUGCUGUCACGCAACUUCGACUACUCAAGGACUACGUCAAUGUCCAUGCCGAAGAGAUCUUUCGUCUAUGGGAAGGUAAUCGUGCAGAGCCCGACUGGUUUGGAGGAGUAGUACGUCCUGCCGUCCAACUCUUUCAGGGAUGGAAUCCUGCUAUGCGAAGCCGCUUCUUUUCAAAUGAGGACGCUUUCCUCAAGCUACUCGCCUGGGCGGAGCUGGCGCGCUUGAUGAACAUCAGCUGUGCGAAGAAGAAACAGUCCCAGGGUACCGAUGCACAGUUCCCGCGAUUGGGAGAGCUACACCGUAAGUUUUUAAAGGCCGUAGAGCGAUACAACAAAGAGAAAAUAUCCUGGGAUACGAGUCGCUCUGGUGUUUAUGAACACGACAGGAUCGCGAUGGAUGCCGUCGAGAUCGCAAUGAACACUCAAGUGCCGUAG